AUGUUCCGACAGAGCAUCCGACGCUUCGGCACAACUGCUCUGCGCAGUUCCGCAGAGACUUCAUACUCCGUCCGAGUGUCCUCGGCCCAGGGCGUCGUCAAUGGAUUGACCGAAGCAAUCGGCAACACCCCCCUCAUCCGUCUAAAGCGCCUGUCCGAACAAACGGGCUGCAACAUCCUCGGGAAAGCCGAGUUCCAGAACCCCGGCGGCAGCGUCAAAGACCGCGCAGCGCUCUACGUCGUGAAAGAUGCCGAGGAGCGAGGGCUGCUAAAGCCCGGCGGGACCGUCGUCGAAGGCACGGCAGGGAACACGGGUAUCGGGCUCGCGCACGUCUGCAGAUCAAAGGGGUACAAGCUCGUCAUCUACAUGCCGAACACGCAGUCGCAGGGCAAGAUUGAUCUGCUGCGGUUGCUCGGCGCGGAAGUGUACCCUGUCCCGGCUGUCGCGUUUGAUAACCCGGAGAACUAUAACCACCAGGCGAGGCGGCAUGCGGAGGCGUUGGACAAUGCGGUGUGGACGAAUCAGUUUGAUAAUACGGCGAAUCGGCGCGCGCAUGUUGAGACCACUGGCCCGGAGAUCUGGGCGCAGACCGGUGGGAAGAUUGAUGCGUUUACAUGCUCGACAGGGACCGGUGGUACGCUUGCUGGUAUCACGUACUAUCUUAAGCAAGUCAGUGGGGGUCGGGUCAAGUCGUUCCUGGCCGACCCGCCGGGCAGUGUGCUGCACAGCUAUAUCCAGAGCGGGGGCAACCUGAUUGAGCGGACGGGGAGCAGUAUCACAGAGGGAAUUGGCCAAGGCCGUGUGACGGAUAACCUGCAGCCGGAUAUCGCGACGCUGGAUGGGUCGUUGAAUAUCAGUGAUGAAAAGUCGAUUGAGAUGGUUUACCGCUGUCUUGAUGAGGAGGGGCUAUACCUUGGUGCUAGCUCUGCGCUGAAUGUUGUUGCUGCGAAGGAGGUUGCGGAGAAGCUGGGCAAGGGCAGCACGGUCGUUACUGUGCUUGCUGACGGAGCCUACCGGUAUGCGGAUCGGUUGUUCUCGGGCAAGUGGCUUGAGAGCAAGGGGUUGAGGGGUGCGAUUCCGAAGCACUUGGAGAAGUACAUUGUGCUUCCUUGA